AUGCGUGUCUUCAGUGUCUCUGCCCUCCCAUCUCAGCAGGGAGCUCCAGAGGAGCAAGAGCAGGAAGACCCAGAUGACUCACUGGACGAGUGCUACCUCACUCCCUCGAUUUCUCCAGUCGUUUCUGAGCUUGACCAUUCCACAUGGAGCAGCUGGUGCUCCCUGGAGCAGCAGGACAUGUUCUCUGCUCCAGAUGCAACGCACUGGACAGCGCAUUGUACAGGCUUUGAGGGGAUCAUCCUAGAUGACUGUGCGUAUUUGAAUUCAUUUGCAGAAAAGGAACGUGACAAUGAUGAAGAGCAAGAGGAAGCACAAGCCCUAUCACACUCCAGUCUCAUCAGGGAGAUUCCAGAGAUUGAAGAUCAAGAUGUCUCACAAGACUCUCACGAAAAUCAAUAUCAUGGAGUGGAGGUACAAGAGCAAGUUGUGAGAUACACAUCCAGUCUCAUCAGGGAGAUUCCAGAAAUUGAAGAUCAAGAUGUCUCACAAGACUCUCAUGAAAAUCAAUAUCAUGGAGUGGAGGUACAAGAGCAAGUUGUGAGAUACACAUCCAGUCUCAUCAGGGAGAUUCCAGAAAUUGAAGAUCAAGAUGUCUCACAAGACUCUCAUGAAAAUCAAUAUCAUGGAGUGGAGGUACAAGAGCAAGUUGUGAGAUACACAUCCAGUCUCAUCAGGGAGAUUCCAGAAAUUGAAGAUCAAGAUGUCUCACAAGACUCUCAUGGUACGUGUUUGACUCCUGCACUUCUUCCGGAAGCUUCUGACUGGUCCCAUUCUAGGAGCACCUGGUCCUCACUGGAGAAACAGCCUGUCUGCUCUGCUCUUGUUUUAGACAAACUGAGUUUUGUUGCUGCCCCUGAGAGGAAGACCCGCUCCCAGCUGGAGGGAGGUCCUCUCGAAAAUCCCAUCACCAGCAAGUGUGAGAGUCAUAGCAUCAGCCCCAGCAAUGUCCCAAGUACCCCAAAAGAAAAUGAUAUCAAAGGAAAAUGGAAGCCCAGGAAAUGCAAACUGGCCUGCAGGUUCCCUGGCCUGGAGAUGAAGGGAAAACCACAGCCCACAGAGAGGAAAAUCAUGUGCCGAUUCCCCAGCCAGGAGAUGAAGGGAAAACCACAGACCAACAUGUGGGCACUGACCUUCAGAUUCCUGGGCCUUCACGCCUAGACAGAGAUCCCAAGUACAGUUGGAAGUACAGAACAGUAUUGCUGAUUGUAACAUCCCCACCUCUUCCAAACAUCUACCACAGGAGCUCCACUUCAACAGCAACCAAAACACCAAGAACGCAAUUUCAACACCAUGAACUGCCCUCAGCUGUUUUUAUCCACUAGGCUGCUUCCCUGAGAGCUGGCACAGUCUUCAACUCCAAUCCGAGUAAACACCUAAGGAGACCCAGGCCUGACUCCACAGCUGCUCUGGAGAGAACACCACCUGGCUCCUCUCCAACUGCCUCCUGUAGAGAUCUGAGGUCAGGAGGAGUUGGAAGCAAACAGCACAGGACUCUGGGCACACACUGCCUUUGGAUGGGGUGAGCUCGGUGUGGGCAGUGUCAGAGACACAGCGCCCUGUGCACAAGGCUGCAUGUGAGCAGAGGAGAGGAUCCGACUCUGCAGGACGUGGGCCCUGACCCAGACAGCUGGCCCUCUCCUGCACACAGCCAGCGUUCCGCAUGGAGGACAGCAGGAGGAGGAGAUUUUGGGGCUCAAAAGGACAGGAAGGGUCUCUUUCCUCCUUUUGAACCCCAACCAUCUCCCCCUUCUGCUGUCUUCCAUGAUGGGAACGCUGACUGUGUGAAGGCGCAGGCCAGGUGUCUGGCUCGGGGUCUGCAUCCUGAGGAUCU